AUGCUAGUGCACACUCAUUUCUGUUUAGACAAGUUUGCUUUGAGCACCAGUAUGGAGCCGCAAGGGUACAUCGAGUGAUCUGACCAAUCAAUAACAAAGUUUUAUUUCACUGAAGAGGGCCGCACUGAUUGUUGCGUGCCACGGUAUUUGCAGAUGUAGCUAGGGACGAAGACAUUGUUUUUGCUUGUUAUUACAACAAGCGGUUUAUGGAAAAUUGUAUUUGGUAUUGUAAACAACAGUAGACCACAGUUACAAGCUCCUCUAAACGAGUCAAAAUGAAUAGCAUAUCGUUUGACGAUCCGUCGCUGGAUAACCUGGACCCCAGUCUAUCUCUAAAUGAUCCGAGCGACAUUGACACGGCGCUGCUGAACGACAUCGAUGACAUGCUGCAGCUCAUCAACCACCAGGACAUGGAGUUCACCGGUCUGUUCGACCACCCCCAAUUUGGAGGGGUGGCCCCACCGACGGACUUCCCGGGGUUUCCCAAUGCCAGCUCGUCCCCCUCCCCACCUUCCUCCUCCUCUUCCUCUUCUUCCUCCUCCUCCUCUUCCUCUUCUCCCCUGACACCUGGCAGCAUGCCUCACCUGGAUGCCCUGCUCGGACCGCCCACCACCCAUAGCUCCUCCCCUCCCACCAAGGCGUACCAACCACCCGCCUUCCAGCAGCCACCCCUCCCCACCAUGACCACGCCCAAGAUGCGGCCCGCCCCCCAGACCCCGCCUCCCCCGGCCCCGGCCAAUCCAGAGCCCCGGAAGACCCAACCGCAGCAGACCUCCCCGGUGUUCAGCGCCGCCCCCCAAGCCCUCUUCACCACGCCCCCUCAGACGCAGCAGCCCCUGAUCAGCUACACCCCCCAGGGUGCAUACACAGCUGUCAAUCAAGGAGGCGCUUCCCAGCCUCUGUCCAGUGUCCCCGCCUCUCCUCAGCACAUCCAGCCAACUGCCAUCCAGACCCAGGUUCAGAGCCUGCCCACUCAGCCUAUACUGGCCACUUCAUCAGCUCCACCCACCCAGACCAUUGCUCCUCACAUUCAGCAAGUUCCAGUGUUGCUUCAGCCGCAGUUCAUCAAAGCAGACUCUCUGCUGCUGACCACACUGAAGCCCGAGUGCACCAUGGUAACCACCAUGGCCUCGCCCUGCAUUACCACCCUGGCCACCUCCACCACCCCAGUACAGACCACCUCUCUACAGGCCCUCAUGAGUGGAGGCACCAUCCUGACCACGGUGCCCCUCAUGGUGGAUGCCGAGAAGCUGCCAAUCAACCGCAUCGCCAUCAGCGGCAAGCCAAUGGGGCUGCCUCACAAGGGGGAGAAACGCACGGCCCACAACGCCAUCGAGAAACGCUACCGCUCCUCCAUCAACGACAAGAUCCUCGAACUCAAGGACCUGGUGGCCGGCACAGAGGCCAAGCUCAACAAGUCGGCGGUUCUGAGGAAGGCGAUCGACUACAUCCGCUUCCUGCAGCAGUCCAACCAGAAGCUGAAGCAGGAGAACAUGGCGCUGAAGAUGGCGCACCAGGAGACCAAGUCUCUGAAGGACCUGGUUGCCAUGGAGGUGGACGGAGAGGUGAAGCCGGAGCUCCUCACCCCGCCUCCCUCCGAUGCCGGCUCGCCCAAUAGGAGCCCCUACUCCCACUGCAGCAGCGACUCGGAGCCCGACAGCCCUAUGGGAGAGGAGACCCAGCCGGCAGUGCAGUCUGAGAGGCUGGCUGUGGCCGGGGCAGGCAAAGCGGGCGGGGCAGGGAUGGUGGACCGCUCUCGUUUGGCGCUCUGCGCCUUCACCUUCCUCUUCCUCUCCGUCAACCCGCUGGCGGCCCUGCUGUGCGGCGGGGCGGGAGCCACGGCAACCGCCGGCACCCCGGAGCAUUCUGGGACAGGCAGAACCAUGCUGGGUCUAGAAGGAGGAGACGGUUCUGGCUGGCUGGACUGGAUGCUGCCCACUCUGCUCGUGUGGUUGCUGAACGGGGUUCUGGUGGCCGGGGUUCUGAUCCGGCUGCUGGUGUACGGAGAGCCCGUGACCCGGCCUCACUCUGGCUCCUCCGUCCUGUUCUGGAGGCACCGCAAGCAGGCCGAUCUGGACCUGGCCCGGGGAGACUUUGCUCAGGCGUCUCAGAACCUGUGGACGUGUCUGAAGGCCCUGGGCCGGCCCCUCCCCACCUCUCAGCUGGACCAGGCGUGCGCGGCGCUGUGGGCGGGCUUCCGGCUCUGCCUGCAGCGGCUGUGGGUGGGCCGCUGGCUGGCAGGCAGGGCCGGGGGUCUGAGGGCCGACCGCCCCCUACAGGAGGACGCGCGCAAGAGCAGCCGCGAUGCUGCCCUGGUCUACCACCGCCUGCACCAGCUCCACAUGACCGGUAAGCUGUGUGGGACUCACCUGUCGGCGGUGCACAUGGCUCUGAGUGCGGUGAAUCUGGCUGAGUGUGCUGCAGACAGCCUGCCCGUCGCCACGCUGGCCGAGAUCUACGUCUCUGCUGCCCUCCGCGUGAAGACCAGCCUGCCCCGGGCCCUGCACUUCAUCGCUCGUGUGUUCCUGGGCAGUGCUCGGCAGGCCUGUCUCUCCUCCAGCGGCAGUGUCCCUCCCGCCAUGCAGUGGCUCUGCCACCCCCUGGGCCAUCGCUUCUUCGUGGACGGGGACUGGGCCGUCCGCAGCACCCCCAAAGAGAGCAUCUACAGCCAGGCUGGCAACACAGUGGACCCGCUGGCUCAGGUGACUCAGGCGUUUCGGGAGCACCUGCUGGAGAAGGCGCUGUACUGCGUGGCCCAGCCGCAGGAAGAGAAGACCCCCGGCAAAGGCGACGGGGAGUACUCUGACGCCCUGGAGUACCUCCAGCUGCUCACCAGCUCCUCCGACGCCGCCGGAGCCACCACACAGUCCUUCGCCAUCGGCUCCAACAUGGCCACCCUGACCGGGUGCGACCCUCACUCUAAGUGGUGGUCCAGUAUCGCGGUGGUCAUCAUCAACUGGCUGCAGGGAGACGACGCGGCAGCUGAGAGACUCUACCCAGCCGUGGAACACCUACCCCACAGUCUGCAGAGUGCAGAGAGCCCGUUGCCCAGGGCGAUGCUGAGUGUGUUCAAGGCGGCUCGCGCCGCUCUGUCCAAACCUGAGAACUGCCAGCAGAGUCUGAGUCACAGCGAGAGGGCCAGCAGCCUUCUGCGGGACAGCCUGAACCUGGGGCCCCACUGCUACUGCAGCAACAUAGACAAGGUGGUGCAGUUGCUCCUGUGUGACCUGCUGCUGGUGACGCGCACCAGCGUGUGGAGGCAGCAGCAGACUGUGGGGCCGGGCGGGGUCCUGCAGGCCACGCCCAGCGAGCUGCACGGCUUCCAGCAGGACCUCAGCUCCCUCAGGAAGCUGGCACAGAGCUUCAGACCGGCCAUGCGCAGGCUCUUCCUGCAUGAGGCCACAGCGAGGCUGAUGGCGGGGGCCAGUCCCACACGCACACACCAGCUACUGGACCGCACCCUACGCCGCCGCACGCCCGGGGCCAAAACAGAGGAGAGCGAGACGCGACCAGGCCAGCGGGAGCAGGCAGAAGCGGUGAUGCUGGCGUGUCGGUACCUCCCCCCCUCCUUCCUGUCGGCUCCGGGGCAGCGGGUGGGCAUGCUGGCGGACGCAGCGCGGACCCUGGAGAAGCUGGGAGACAAACGCAGCCUCCACGACUGCCAGCAGAUGAUCAUCAAACUGGGCAGUGGCACAACAGUCACCUCCACAUAGAGACAUGCGCUCACCACACACACACGCACAGGCACACACACACACACACACACCCACAUACACACACUCAAACACACACACCACCACAUAAAGACACACACACACCUCCACUCAGCGCCAAGCACAAGUCCGCAUACAAACGUGUCCACCUACAGACGUACCUUAAUACACCUGAAAACAGACAAACGCCACCUACACAUGCACAUAAAACACACACACACACACACCCACACACACACAUACACACACUCAAACACACACACCUAGAGAAGCACAGAACAUACACGCAUGCACACAGGUGAGAUGUCUGGUCCUGGACAGCCCCCCGAAACCUGCAGCACUUCAUACUGGCGAGCGGAGCGUGAACCAACAACCACCAGCCUUGGAGAGCCCCCCCCCCCUCCCCGUGGCUUCAGCUUCAGUCCCUUUCCCUCAGCCCUGUGCACUAUGAGGUCGAGCCCCUGUGGUCUAUGUUAAACCAAGUCAUGCAAACCAGUCCCACUCAACUUUCUGUAAAUUAUUUUUUACUUACUUUAUGGGCAGUAAGUAAAGCCGUCUCAGUGAGAAGCAUUUGUUAGUUCACCAUACUGCAUAUGGAACCGAAUAUGCUUUGUUCUGAUUGGUGUUAUGGCUUUCCAUUGUUAUUUAUGUUAUUUAUAUUCCCAGAUUCAACCCGGUUGAUUAUUUUUUUGAUGCACUGCAGUGACUGAUUUUGGCCACACGGGGACGAACUGAGCUCCGAAAGGAGACGGAGCCUGACUGGAUUGCAGAGUGCUGCUUUUAUUUUAUUUUAUUUUAUUUUCCCGCUUCCCCAUCAGUUUUUAUUUUAUUUUAUUUUUUAUCUGAGAGGUUUGAAUUAAGAACUAGCCGUCUUCGUUGUUGUCCCACUGCCAGGGAGGGAGGAUGUUAAAGAGUGAGCAAGCUCCUUUUAUAAAUUACAUUGUACAGAUAUUUUCUGCACUACCCUAGCUGGGCUUAAUUUUGAUAAUUGAACAGAAAAAAGGCUUCGUGAGUUUACUUUCUCAUAGUUUGUGUACUUUUCAAAAGUGUAUUUAUAAUUUGUCAGAUUUUUUCCCUGAGAUGAUCAGUAUUUUUCCAUUGUAGUGAUGUUUGUUUCUCCAGUGGCUCGUGUUUAUAUAGAGCCCUAUGGGGGGAGUGGGAAGAAGCGGGAGGAAGGGAUGGGUUUGAAAAAAAUAUUGUCAGCUAGACUGGCUGGAUUUCGGACGUAUUCAACCAGUGUAAUUUCUGUAAGAACUUCUGGCAGUAUUUGGCUUCCUGUAUCCUCCUAAUAUACACAGAGGCACAAUUCAAAGGUCUCCUCUUCCCUUUUCCCCCCGAAGCAAACAGUGUUUUAAGAACAUUUCUGGAUAAAACUGGGGUAGAAUUUAAGUACUUACAUUCAUGUUACACAAGCUUGUGCAGGCAUGGAACUGGAACAGGUUGGCCAUCUUGGUGCAUUAAAAUGGCCAAAAUGACGAGGUGUAGUUUAACUGAAUAUAGAAUUUGGGAGAGUGAGGCUUCAUGAACGCCGUAAUGGGUGGAUGUGCUGUGUGCCAGGAAUUAUGGACUGUUAUGAACCCUGCGAAACACCGAUUGGCUCUUACCAGUGAGUCACUGCUAAUAGAUACAUUAUGUCUCAUUUGUCUAAUUUUGGAGAUUAAAGAGGCCUCACUCUCAGGUGGGGGGUUGGCAGGUGCUAUAAAGUUUGUAAGCCCUUGCAUAACUGGUCACACGUGGGGAUUCAUUAAUGUAAGUUGGUUAAAAGUCACGCUGUGAAGUCCACAUUAAAUUGCGGCACUGCCCUCCAGGUGGUGCGUUAAAUCACUCGCAUUUUCCUAAGUUGUGAGAGCACUUAGUGUGUUCCAGACCGUUUGCUCCAACGCUGGAUCUGCUCUCCAGGCGUGCAAACCCCGCACUUAAAUUUGCAGAACGGGUUCAACGUCCGCUUUAAGAAGUCCCCAGUAUCCCCCCGGUCCGAAUUACAAGUAUGUAGUGCGUCGUGUGCCACGGGAAGCUGAAAAGGUGUUUGUUUUGAAACUGUUUCCUCUACUUCUCUUUGCCUGUUGAUUUAUUUUGAGAAUGUAAAUAAAAACAUUUUGUAACAAGA